CACCCGUGUUGGACCACCUUCCUCCGGAGCGUGGGUCGUAUUCCCGCCAUCUUUCACGAGUAUAAGAGGGAGCAGCCCUCGGACCAAGCACUUCAGUCCUCUUCAAGAAACUACACAGGAUACAAGAAUGGCUCUCGAACGUCAAGUGCGCGCCAAGAUCGCUGCAAAGCGUAAUCCAGAGCAGGAAAAAGAAGCUCAAGAAUGGAUCGAGUCUAUUUUGGGCAAAAAAUUCCCACCUGGUGAACUGUUCGAGGAUGUUAUUAAGGAUGGACAAGUGCUGUGUCACCUGAUGAACAAGAUUUCCCCAGGAUCGAUCUCAAAGAUCAACAGUUCUGGUGGUCAAUUCAAAAUGAUGGAAAACAUCAACGCAUUCCAGAAAGCUCUAAAGGAUUAUGGCGUAGCUGACGUUGAUGUAUUCCAAACAGUCGACUUGUGGGAGAAAAAAGACAUCGCACAGGUUGUGACGACUCUCUUUGCUCUUGGUCGUACGACAUAUAAGCACCCAGAAUGGAAAGGACCCUAUCUAGGACCCAAACCAGCUGAUGAAUGUAAACGUGAUUUCACUGAGGAGCAACUGCGUGCUGGGCAAACUGUGAUUGGUCUGCAAGCCGGUUCCAAUAAAGGUGCUACCCAAUCGGGUCAAAGCAUUGGUGCCACCCGCAAAAUUCUUCUAGGAAAGUAAAUCCUAAUUGGCUGGUUUAGAUCCGAGAAAAAUUUAUAUUUUGUAUGUACGUGUAUAUAUAUAUUGUACUUAUUUUGUAUUUUGUAAUUAAAUAAUAUAUAUAUAUAUAACAUAUAUUUAUAAUUU